AUGGACGAGGAGGACCGGGAGGCCCAGGGCGCCUGUUUUGCCCCGGAUCCCGGUGCCGUGUACUGCGGCGUUUGCGGCACGCUGCGCCUCCACGAGGUGCAUGAGGCGUGCCGCUACCACCGCGACCGGGUCCGGGGAACCACGCCGAGCGCCGACCCCACCCCGACCGACCUACACGCCGCCCUCGACCAGCCCGGCGCCGUGGAGGCGGUGCUGGCCUACAUGACCCAGAGGCCAGGGUUCGCGGCGGCCGUGCUGGAGGGGAGCCUGCUGCAGCUCCCGGUGACGUCGGCGGUGCCGGCAGAGACCGGGGACGCCUCGUCGGCAGGAACGUCCGCGUCAACGGGGACGUCCACACCGACCGGCGGGGACCUCGGCUGCGGCGACGGCGGCUGGAAGUUCACGGUCGACCUCAUCGAGCCCAACCGCGCCCUGGUGUUGUGGACGCUGCCCGGGGCGAUGCCAGAGCGCCACUAUGAGGUGACCUGGUGCUGCUGGACGGGCUCCCUGGGCACCUGCAUGAACAAGAGCUCGGGCGUGGGGGGCGUGGUCAUUAGCCACCUGGAAGCCUGGAUAGUCUACGACAUUGCCGUGGUGGACCAGACGCGCGCCGACCGCCUGCUCUUCCGCACACGUGUUAGGACCAGGCCCCAGACAAUAGUGGCUAAUCUGAGUGGAACGGGUGGGCGCCGGGCCGGCGCAGUGCCCAGCGAGCCGCAGGGCUUCCACGCUGUCCAGCUGGGCCGAGGGGAGGCGCGGUUGUCCUGGUCCCCUCCGGCCGACCCCAGGGGCCCCGUGGACGCGUACGACGUGACCUGGUGCUCGUCGUCCUGCAGCACACUGGCCGUGUCUCGCCUCGCCCGGCACGUGGUCCUGUCCGACGUGCAGGCGUCGACGCACUACAAGUUCCGCGUGCGCGCCAAGAACGUGCUGGACGGCAUCUCCUUCGAAGGACCCGAGGCGCACCUUGCGGCCCUCACGCCUCCGGAAGGUGUCGUCUUCUACCUGAAUACUUCCGACUGGCAGUCCGUGAGGCUUUCCUGGACUAGUCUGAGCCUGCCUUCAGACGCGUGGACCAUCAAGCACUGCUCCGUCGACGUCGGGCUGUGCGAGAAGUGGCUGAUGCGCGGCAGCGAGCAGAUCAUCGCCAGUAAAAACCCGUGGACCGUGUUCAGCGUCGAGGUCACCGACGCCUCAGACAAGAUCCUCUUGUACACGACCUACCGGUCACCACCGGGAUUCCCCAGCGCCCCCCAGGAGGCCAGGGUGCUUCCUUUCAACUCGUCGGCGCUCACGCUGACCUGGGCGUCUCCCAAGGAGACGCGCGGCCCCGUGGACGGCUACCUGGUCAAGUGGCACACCUUCUACGAGGACGGCGAGCUCCUGCGCGUCGGAUCGCGCAUGCUGCGCUCCCUGGUCAUCGCCGACGUCGAGGAGCUCAACACGUACACCAUCGAGGUGUCCGCGUACCACCUCUGGGCGGGCGUCCUGCUCGCGGGGAACGAGUCUGUCGUCUACGGCAUCUCGUACUCGUCCGGCAUGAACGUGAGGAUCAAUACUAGCCUGACGUCGGUCGAGCUGAGCUGGACGCUGCGCCACGGCGUGGUGGAAGAGCUGCUCGUCAGCCUCUGCGAGCCGUACCAGCUGCCGGAGACGUGCGAGCAGCGGCGGCUGAGCAGCGACGUCCGCCGCCUGCUCCUGGACAAGCUGAAGCCCAAGCGGACCUACGACGUUCGCUUCUUCCGCUUCCCGGCCAUGGAGCUCAUUAUUCGGAAACGCUUCGCCACCGGACAGCAGGGUGCGACCGUGGGAUACUUUUUUAACGCGGAAUGUGGUUAA